GAAGUCUCUCUCGGGUGCGCGCGGGAUGCGGCGGCGCUGACGUCACAGCCAAUGGGCGGGGCGCGCACGGGAGCGCGCUUCAGCGCCGCCGCGACGGCCUGAGGGAGCGCGCACGGCUCGGGGAGAGUAGCGGAGCCGGAGCGGCCGCGAUGACCAGCUCACCUGCAUCAAGAAUUGUUUAUAAUGGCAAACGAAACAAUGGACCCCGGUCUCCGACGAACACCGCACCACAGGAGAUGUAUACACCAGCACAUGAGGAAAACGUCAGGUUUAUACAUGAAGCUUGGCAGUGUGUGGAGCGAGAGCUGAGGACCCAAAUGUCAGGGAGUGAACGCGGACCUGUCCAGUACGUCGAGAAGAAUCCCAAUCCAAAUUUGAACAAUUUCACACCUGUCGAUCUGAGUGACCUGCGGAAAAGGAGCUUGUCAGAUGCUAAGAAAUCUUAAAGGGAUAUUGUUGGCUGUGUUUGAUCUUUCCUUCGACAUACCGCUGGAGCUUCCGUUUUGAAGUACGUUUUCUUUCAUCUUUGAUUUGGAGAGGAAUCCGGAACUGCCCACUCUCUUCCAGAAGAACGGACUGCCUGUCAGUUCCUUCCGUCCAACCAACGCAAGGAUGCAUGCGUUCAGCAUGUCAACACAAGUUCGUCAACGGUGCUAAUUUUGACUGAUUUUUGCCCAUCUCUUUCUCCACCAUUGCUAUCAAGAACUAUGCUCCAUUUGAUAAAUUAAGGUCACGACUCACUCCUGUGUUUAAGAAGAGUAUACUGCCCCUGGGAGGUAUGUCUAAAAUGUGCACACGGGGAUCGGGGUGUGUGGUUUCCCCAGCUGCCAGCUGGCUCUCCUGAAUUGUCCUGCUUAGAGGUGGUGGGGUUGGAGGUUGGAAGAGUCAGUCCAGAAACCUUAAUGACUAAAAUUGGUUUAUUUAAAAAAAGUUCCCAUCUGCACAGUUCAAAGUUGGCAUCAGACUUGGCAGUGGGUAAAACAUACUGACUGAUAUGCACAGAACCGGAACUAAUGUGGGGGAAUAAAAGCCUGACUUAACUGACAUGACUGAAAGCAGUGAUGGAAUUGUAACCUGCUUUUGUCGUACAGGCCACAAGUUCAAGUCAUCUUUGUGUUUCAGAGAUUACUUUCAAAUUAGUCUUAAUUUAAAGAGAAAUCAUAGUGGAAUUUGGUGGGGGGGGGGUGGUGGUGAGGGAGAGGAAGAGGGGCUUGAGUUCAGCUGUGGGGAGGAUAACCUUGUGUGUGUUUUUUUUUGUAAACUUUUGUAUUUCUACACUCCUCAACACAUGACCAACAUUGUUAGGGUGGCCGUGUGGAAACGUAGACGUGUCAGUGAUGGCUCACCAUGCCUGAUACCUUGGUCUUCCUGUGGUCCGCCAUUGUGCGUUACCCAGGUAUCACCGAUUACACAGCAGGGCUUCCACGGACUCCUACAGGUGGGUUUGAAUGCCCUCUAUCAUAAAUAUUCCAAUGGAAAGUGGGCACUUGACUGCCUGGAAACGUGGGCAACUCUUAGGUGUCCUCUAGUUUCUGAGCGGUGUAUGGCUCACUUUCCUGCAGUGUAACUUUUUUUAUCAGAAGCUUCCAAAGUAAAUUUUUUAACCCCUUCAGCUGCACCCUGGACACUAAAAAGGUGUGCGCUGUAAAUUGUUUUUAACGUUGGCAAUCUUGUCUAAGUGAAGAGUAACAUGUUGAAAAGCUAAUCUGUACUCCACUGUAAUACGGACACAUCCUUUUCGAACUGAAAGAAUGGUGUUUGUUAGAAGAACUGUAUAAUUUAGCAAUCUUCCUGAUGUAUAAGUGAGGGGGGGGGUAUUGUAAAUAAAACGUGACUUCAUUUAUGAGA